ACCAUCCCACCAUUCCAAACCAGACCAGAGCCAAAGGGGCACCAGACCCUUCCUCCAACAAGAGAAGCCCCGGCAGCGCUCUGUAGCUCACCGGAGAAAGAAGAAAAAUUCAUCAAAAAAGAAAGAAACACACACCUUUCUGCUUCAAUUGAUUAUUUUUCUUUCUCGAUCACAACUGUUACUAGCAAAGAAGAUGGCAGCUAGUCAAGCAAAGAAGAAGAAGAUAGCCGUCAUCAUCGUAUCGGUUGUACUUCUGGUGGCGAUGCUAGUGGCGGUGAUAGUGGGUGUCAAAAUGGCCAAAAAAGGCGGCAACAAGAAGGCUCCAAAGGUUGGCAAGUCGAAAAAGGCCAUCGAGACCAUAUGCCAACCCACAACCUACAAAGAAACCUGCCAGAGCAGCCUCGAGAAGGUGGCGGGUGACAGCACCGAGGCCAAGGACCUGAUCAAGGCCGGGAUCCAGGUGGCGGAAGACAAAGUUAACGAGGCGAUCAAGAACUCGGACACCUUGAAAGAGCUUGCCAAGGAUCCAAUGGCCAGCCAGGCUUUGGACGUGUGCAAGCAACUGUUGGACACCGCAGUUGAGGAUCUCCACGGUGCGGUGGAUAAGAUGGGGUCAUUCGAUCCUAACAAGACCGAUGACUACCUUGAAGAUCUCAAGGUGUGGCUGAGCGCCGCCGUCAAUCACCAGGCAACCUGCCUUGACGCGUUUAAGGACACCAAGGGCGAGGCUGGUGAGAAAAUGAAGGGCUUUUUGAAGACAGCGCAAGAACUCACCAGCAAUGGACUUGCCAUGGUCUCCGAAAUCUCUGGUCUCGUCGGAUCUCUUCACUUGAACUCUCACCGCCGCCUCCUGUCCUCGUCAAAUGGCGGUCCGAAAAAGUGGCAUGAUAAGACAGUGCCAGGGUGGAUGAGUGAUCGCAAGCUUGAUCUCUUGACUGCCACUCCGCAGAGCCUGAAGCCCGACGUGGUUGUGGCUCAAGAUGGGACAGGCAAGUACAAGACCAUCAACGAGGCCUUGAAGGAGGUCCCACCGAAUAGCAAGAAGACCUUUGUGAUUUAUAUUAAGGGGGGAGUGUACAAAGAGAUUGUCGUCGUUAACAAGCAAAUGACCAAUGUUGUGAUGAUUGGUGACGGCCCAACCAAGACCAGGAUCAGCGGAGGCUUGAACAAGGCGGAUGGUGUCUCUACCGAGAACACCGCAACCUUUGCCGCACUUGGAAACUAUUUCAUUGCCAAGGGAAUAGGGUUCGAGAACACAGCAGGAUACAUAAAGCACCAAGCUGUCGCAUUGCGUGUGCAAUCCGACUUCUCCAUCUUCUACAACUGCCACAUGGAUGGAUUCCAAGACACCCUCUACACCGAAGCCUACCGCCAAUUCUACCGCGACUGCACCAUCACUGGCACCAUAGACUUCAUCUUCGGCGAUGGGGUGACUUUGUUCCAAAACUGCAAGAUGAUGGUGAGAAAACCAGCGGAAGGACAGUCUUGCAUGGUGACAGCACAAGGCAGGACCGACCACAACGAGAUCACCGGCAUGUUCCUCCAAAACUGCACUAUCACCGGUGAGCCGGACUAUAUGAAUGUGAAGGAAAAGAGCAAGGCAUAUUUGGGGAGGCCAUGGAAAGACUUUGCAAGGGUGAUUGUGAUGCAGUCAUCCAUUGACGAAGCCAUUGUACCUGAAGGGUGGUCAGAAUGGGUUGGUAAAAAAACCAACCAAACCUGCUUCUUUGGUGAGUACGGCAACCGGGGUCCUAGGGCUGACAUGACCAAAAGGGUCAGAUGGCCGACCGUCAAGGCGCUCACUUCUGAUAAAGUCGCGGCUUUCACCCCUGCUAAGGUGUUUCUAGGUGUUGAUUGGCUGAAGCCCAGUGGGGUUCCAUAUGUUCCUGGCAUGAUGUCCGUGUAGAUCCCAAAUGAAAAGCUUGGGACACCAAUUUUUUCAUAUAAUGUUACAAGGCCAAUGUUUCAUGUAUAAAAAAAAAAAAAACAAAUUAGUGAUAUUGUCUUGUGAUUUUGCGGAAUACCUUUUUCAUUCCAAUUACACAUACGAAUCGAGUUAUGAAAUUAAUUUUUUUAUAGAGA